AUGGGGGAUCCAUUGGAGAGAUUGGGUCCGGAGGAAGCUUCGGGUUUGGAAUCGAGGAUGAAGGAGGAGCUCUCUAUGGAGAUUGAUCCUCCGUUCAAAGAGAAUCUCGCCACUACCGAGGAUUGGAGGAGGGCACUCGACAAGGUCGUCCCAGCCGUCGUUGUGCUCCGAACCACCGCUUGUCGAGCUUUCGAUACCGAAUCCGCCGGUGCUAGCUAUGCAACUGGGUUCGUCGUUGAUAAGCAUCGCGGAAUUAUACUCACCAAUCGUCAUGUCGUUAAGCCAGGACCCGUAGUUGCAGAGGCUAUGUUCCUAAACCGCGAAGAAAUUCCUGUCUAUCCGAUAUACAGAGACCCGAUUGGAAGUGAUACUCAGAGAAUUGAAUCUAGGAAUUCAUUUAACAAACUGCCGGCAGAUGAAAUUUGGAGGGUCUUCUGGUCUUCAUACUGUUCCAAUUGGACCUUAAGGGAAUCAUAUCUUGCCUUGCCCUAAAUUGGGGUUUAUAUUCUGUUAUCCUGUGUGUCCAGUUGUUGGAACAUGUUGUGGCAUUUAGUAAUGACUAAUUGGUGUACACUUGUGUUGCAUAUGGAUAAUUUUAAGGCACAAUUUUUUUUUUUUUU